AUGCCCGCCAACGGGCGCGGUGGAUCCCGUCUUUUGCCCAAGCAAAAGUCUCAGACGGGGCGUAGAGUUACACCAGAAUCACAAGCAAAGGUUCCAGUUCGGCCUCAAAUGUCGAAUAUCCCGACAUGGAGUAAACGUGCGGCCCCCGAGAUGCCUUAUUCGACUCCCACUAUUUGUUUCUCUCAACUCAGAUUCAUACGUGUAGAAGAGGUCUAUGAACAGAACUUCCUCGCGCAAAAAUCAGCUAAGACUCAAAGAGACGUGCCAGAAAGACCUGAAGCAGGUUUAAGCGAUUUUCAAGCCCAAUUUGCGCCAUUAAUAGACACCAAUACUAGUAUUACUACUACUACUACUACUACUACUACUACUACUACUACUACUACUACUACUAUUACCUGUAGUGGGUCCAUAAGAUGGCUGGCGCUUUCUCCAUCGGAGUUCAUCCCCUGA